AUGAUGUGGGAACUGCGCUCCAUCGCCUUCAGCAGGGCCGUCCUGGCGGAAUUCCUGGCCACUCUGGUCUUCGUGCUCUUCGGCCUGGGCUCGGCGCUGAACUGGCCCUCGGCGCCGGCGCCGAGCACGCUGCAGAUCGCGCUGGCCUUCGGGCUGGCCAUCGGCACGCUGGUGCAGGCCCUGGGCCACGUCAGCGGCGCCCACAUCAACCCGGCCGUGACGCUGGGCUGCCUGCUGGGCUCGCAGCUCUCCCUGCUCCGCGCCGUCUUCUACGUGGCGGCCCAGCUGCUGGGGGGCGUCGUGGGCGCCGCCAUCCUGCACGAGGUGACCCCGGCCAGCGCCCGCCAGGGCCUGGCCCUCAACAAGCUGCACAAUGAGACCACAACGGGGCAGGCGGUGACGGUGGAGCUGUUCCUCACCUUCCAGCUGGUCCUGUGUGUCUUUGCUUCCACGGACGAGCGGCGUGAGGACAACCUGGGCUCCCCUGCCCUCUCCAUCGGCCUCUCUGUGGCCGUGGGGCACCUCCUCGGGAUCCGUUACACCGGCUGCUCCAUGAACCCCGCCAGGUCCUUCGCCCCCGCCGUCGUCGUGGGAGACUUCAGCGACCACUGGGUGUUCUGGGUAGGCCCCCUGAUUGGGGCUGCAGCAGCCUCCAUCCUCUACAACUUCGUGCUGUUCCCACAGGCCAAAACCCUCUCGGAGCGCCUGGCCAUCCUCAAGGGCUGCGAGCCCGAGCAGGACUGGGCCGAGCGCGAGGCCCGGCGGCGCCAGUCCGUGGAGCUGCACUCGCCCCAGAGCCUGCCCAGGGGCAUGUCUGAGAAGGUGUAG